AUGCCUCAGACCGCCGAGGACCACAUCAAGCUGCUGCUGUGCUGCACUAAGCACUGCCACGAGCGCCACAUCGACUUCCAGGAAGUCUCCGCGGAGCUUGGCCUGCCUUCCCGCGCUGCUGCGGCUAAGCGCUACACUCGUCUGCUGGAGGCUCACGGCAUGGAUACUAUGGGUCUGACAAUUGGUUGCGCGGAUAAGCCCGCUGUUUCGUCCGCCGAUCGCCUUGCCCUCGGUCUCAAAGUUGACGGGGAGAGUCCCAACUGGGAGAAGCUCUUUUCCAAGAAUAAAUCCAUCAGUAUCAAUCCCAGCGUGGACAGGGUUUCUACCAUGGGCCAACAGCAGAUCACGAGCGAUCAGGGCGACGACCAAGAGGACUUUGGCCAGAACGUUGCGAAGAAUCAUCUCACCAUAGUCAUCCCUGCCAAGGCCAUCGUUUCUCGCAAGCGUCGGGCCGCCAUCAUCACGACAAGGACACCGAUGCUACCAUCUGUCAUGGCAGCGACGUUUCAUCCAUCUCUCGUAUCUGAACAGGACAUGGCAUCCGUCUUCGAAGGGUUCUCUACUGAUUAA